AUGGAAAAAUCCUUGGAGUUAAAUAAAGCUGGCUCUCAGUCAAUAACAUCUCUGCCACCUGAGCCAGUGGACAUAAUUCGCAGCAAAUCCUGCUACCGCAGAGUCAGGCUGAAUGUUGGGGGUCUCCCACAUGAGGUCUUGUGGCGAACGUUGGACAGGCUACCUCGAACACGUUUGGGAAAGCUGAGAGAUUGCAACUCUCACGAGUCUUUGAUGGAAGUGUGCGAUGACUACAAUCUUGAGGAGAACGAGUACUUUUUUGAUCGACAUCCAGGGGCGUUCACAUCCAUCCUGAACUUUUAUCGUACAGGCAAACUGCAUAUGAUGGAGGAAAUGUGUGCCCUGUCAUUUAGUCAAGAACUUGACUACUGGGGCAUUGACGAGAUAUAUCUGGAGUCAUGUUGCCAGGCAAGAUACCACCAGAAAAAGGAGCAAAUGAACGAGGAGCUCAAGCGGGAGGCCGACAAUUUAAAAGACAGGGAGGGAGAAGAGUUUGACAACACUUGUUGUGCAGAAAAACGAAAGAAACUUUGGGAUCUCCUAGAAAAGCCAAGCUCAUCUGUUGCAGCAAAGGCUCCUCUGCUAUACCUCGGACUAAAUGUCAGGGAGAAUGUCACAUUAAUUAUUCUCCAGGAGACUCUGGGCCCCAUUUGA